GGAGCCGAGCCUCCGCCGCCAGCCGCCUCCCGAGCAGCAGCAGCAGCAGCGGCGGCGGCGGCAGCAGCUCCGGCCCCGGCAGCCGCGGCGGCGGCGCACCCCCGUCCCGGCCCCCCGUCCGGCCGCCCCGGCCUCGGCUCCCGCGGGGGACACCAUGUACUGGCUGGCGGCGCAGGGAGGCCGGCGCCCGGCGGGGAUGUUGGGUUAACGGCAUGGAGAACAGUCACCCCCCCCACCACCACCACCAGCAGCCCCCGCCGCAGCCCGGCCCUUCGGGCGAGAGAAGGAACCACCAUUGGAGAAGUUACAAGUUGAUGAUUGACCCGGCUCUGAAAAAGGGGCACCAUAAACUGUACCGCUACGAUGGGCAGCAUUUCAGCUUGGCAAUGUCCAGCAACCGCCCGGUGGAAAUUGUCGAAGAUCCCCGGGUCGUCGGGAUCUGGACCAAAAACAAGGAGCUGGAGCUAUCGGUGCCCAAAUUCAAGAUCGAUGAGUUCUAUGUGGGCCCGGUGCCUCCGAAGCAGGUGACAUUUGCCAAGCUGAAUGAUAACAUCCGUGAAAACUUCCUGAGGGACAUGUGCAAGAAGUAUGGGGAGGUGGAGGAGGUGGAGAUUUUGUACAACCCCAAGACCAAGAAGCACUUGGGCAUUGCCAAGGUGGUCUUUGCCACGGUCAGGGGCGCCAAGGAGGCUGUCCAGCACUUGCACAGCACUUCUGUCAUGGGUAACAUCAUCCACGUGGAGCUGGACACAAAAGGGGAAACCCGCAUGAGGUUCUACGAGCUGUUGGUCACGGGCCGCUACACACCCCAGACCCUCCCAGUGGGUGAGCUGGAUGCCAUCUCUCCGAUUGUGAACGAGACCCUGCAGCUGUCAGAUGCCCUGAAACGGCUCAAGGAUGGCAGCCUGUCUGCGGGCUGUGGCUCCGGCUCAUCUUCUGUCACCCCCAAUAGUGGUGGGACACCCUUCUCUCAGGACACAGCUUACUCCAGCUGCCGCCUGGACACACCCAACUCCUAUGGACAAGGCACGCCGCUCACGCCUCGACUGGGCACCCCCUUCUCACAGGACUCCAGCUACUCCAGCCGCCAGCCCACACCCUCCUACCUCUUCAGCCAGGACCCCACAGUGACAUUCAAGGCCCGGCGGCACGAGAGCAAGUUCACGGACGCCUACAACCGACGCCACGAGCACCAUUAUGUCCACAACUCGUCCUCCAUCGUGAUGGUGACAGGGGCCCCGGCUGCCUUCCGGGGCUCCUCGGACCUGCCAUUUGGGGCAGUCGGCAGCAGCGGGGGUGGGGCCGGCCCCCCCUACAAGACCCAGCCCCAGGAGUCGGCCACGUUUGCCCAUACUCCGCCACCUGCCCAGGCCACACCUGUUCCUACCCCAGGAGUCACGUUCAAGUCGGCUUUCUCUCCAUACCAGACCCCUGCGCCCCCCUUCCCCCCACCCCCCGAGGAGCCCACUGCCACAGCCAGCUUUGGGGCGCGUGACAGUGGGGAGUUCCGGAGGGCACCCGCACUCCCACCCCUGCCUCCCACCGAGCCCCUGGCCAAGGAGAAGCCGGGCACCCCGCCCGGACCCCCGCCCCCCGACACCAACAGCAUGGAGCUGGGAGGCCGGCCGACCUUUGGCUGGAGCCCCGAGCCCUGUGACAGCCCCGGCACACCCACACUGGAGUCGUCGCCCGCGGGGCCCGAGAAGCCCCACGACAGCCUGGACUCGCGCAUCGAGAUGCUGCUGAAGGAGCAGCGCACAAAGCUGCCCUUCCUGCGGGAGCAGGACUCGGACACGGAGCUGCAGAUGGAGGGCAGCCCCAUCUCCUCCUCCUCCUCCCAGCUCUCCCCGCUGGCCCCCUUCGGCGCCAACUCCCAGCUGGGCUUCCGGGGCCCCACGCCACCCUCCUCGCGCCCCUCCAGCACUGGCCUGGAGGACAUCAGCCCCACGCCGCUGCCCGACUCAGAUGAGGAUGAUGAGCUUGACCUGAGCUUGGGGCCCCGGCCCCCACCUGAGCCAGGCCCCCCAGAUCCUACUGGUCAUCUGGGCCAGACAGCCAAGGUGGUCUUGGAGCUGGUCGGAGACAGGACCCCAACCUCUGAGAAGAUGGAUGAGAGCCAGCCGUCCUCGGGCGAGGACAUGGAGAUCUCAGACGACGAGAUGCCCUCGGCCCCCAUCGCCAGCGCUGACUGCCCCAAGCCCAUGGUGGUGACCCCAGGGGCCACGGCUGUGGCGGCCUCCUCCGUUCUGGCCCCGACCCUGCCCCUGCCCCCGCCUCCCGGCUUCCCACCACUGCCCCCACCCCCACCGCCACCCCCACCGCAGCCCGGCUUCCCCAUGCCCCCACCUCUUCCACCACCACCGCCUCCCCCACCCCCAGCCCACCCUGCCGUGACAGUGCCGCCACCACCCCUGCCAGCGCCACCCGGCGUCCCGCCCCCGCCCAUCCUGCCGCCGCUGCCGCCCUUCCCGCCUGGGCUGUUUCCCGUGAUGCAGGUGGACAUGAGCCACGUGCUGGGCGGCCAGUGGGGCGGCAUGCCCAUGUCCUUCCAGAUGCAAACACAGAUGCUGAGCCGGCUGAUGACGGGCCAGGGCGCGUGCCCCUGCCCCCCCUUCAUGGCCGCCGCGGCCGCCGCCGCCUCUGCGGGGCUGCAGUUCGUCAACCUGCCGCCCUACCGGGGCCCCUUCUCCCUGGGCAGCAGCGGCCCAGGCCGUGGACAGCCCUGGCCGCCCCUGCCCAAGUUUGACCCGUCGGUGCCGCCGCCAGGCUACGUGCCUCGCCAGGAGGACCCGCACAAGGUCACCGUGGACGGCGUGCUGCUGGUGGUGCUCAAGGAGCUCAAGGCCAUCAUGAAGCGCGACCUGAACCGCAAGAUGGUGGAGGUGGUGGCCUUCCGGGCCUUCGACGAGUGGUGGGACAAGAAGGAGCGGAUGGCCAAGGCCUCGCUGACCCCCGUGAAGUCAGGCGAGCACAAGGAUGAGGACCGGCCGAAGCCCAAGGACCGCAUCGCCUCGUGCCUGCUGGAGUCGUGGGGCAAGGGCGAGGGCCUGGGCUACGAGGGCCUGGGCCUGGGCAUCGGGCUGCGCGGGGCCAUCCGCCUGCCCUCCUUCAAGGUCAAGAGGAAGGAGCCGCCGGACACGGCCUCGUCGGGCGACCAGAAGCGGCUGCGGCCCUCCACGUCCGUGGACGAGGAGGACGAAGAGUCCGAGCGGGAGCGGGAGCGGGACAUGGCGGACGCCCCCUGCGAGGUCGCCAAGCGGGACACCAAGGGCGUGGGUGUGCGGCGGCGGCCGGCGCGGCCCCUGGAGCUGGACAGCGGAGGGGAGGAGGACGACAAGGAGUCGCUGUCCGUGUCCUCGUCAGCAUCCUCGUCCUCGGGCUCCUCGGCGACCUCGCCCUCGUCCUCGGCCUCCGGCAAGGAGGAGGAGCAGGAGAGCACCGAGGAGGAGGAAGAGGAGGGGGAGGAGGAGGAGGACGGAGAGGAAGGCCCCAGGAGCCAGGUCUCCUCCUCCACCUCGUCCACGUCAGAGAAGGACAGUGAAGACGACCGACUGGGGUCUGAGAACGACGAAGACUCGGCCCCGUCUGAGACGAGCGAGAAGGAAGAACUGGACUCGGACGGAGAGGCCGCCGCCAGCCCUGCCACCUCCGAGGCCGCGGCCGGGUCGUCCAGCGAGAGCGCCGAGUCCUCUGGGCUUGAGUCGAGCUCCGAGUCCGAGUCCGAGUCCUCGGAGGAUGAAGACGAGGCGGUGGCGGAGGAGGAGGAGGAGGAAGAUGAGGAGUGUGUGGUCCCUCCUGCCCCGGAGGCCUUCCAGGAGGAGCUGGGAGAGGCGCCGGCAGCCAGGGGGGCACCUGCAGCAUCAGCCCUGGGCCCGGAAGAGGAGGUGGAUGUCGAGGUGGAGGACCAGGCCGCCGAGGAGCGCUCCCCCUCGCGGGAGGAGGCCCCCCUGCCUGUGGGCGUCGAGGCACCACCGGGUGGCCAGGAGCCCCCUGAGGAGCUGGGCCCGAGCCAGGGCGGGGCCACGUCGCUGUCUCCGGAGCCCCCUGCCAGGGAGAUGGAGGCCCGGCCCCCGUCACCCACCGAGCGCACUCCAGAGGGUGAUCUAGAAGCGGAGCCCCAGCCCCCUACGAUGCUGUCCUUGCCCCUGCAGCCUCCACUGCCGCCCCCCCGGCCGCCCAGCCCGCCGCUGGAGCCCGAGACCCCCGUACCCCCACAUCCUCCUGUCCCUCUGGAGCCUGCCCCCGAGGACCAGCCCCCACGUACCCCAGGCCUCUGUGGCAGCCUGGCCAAGUCACAGAGCACAGAGACGGUGCCGGCCACGCCGGGCGGGGAGCCCCUGUUGUCGGCAGGCAGCAGCAACCUGUCUCUGAGUCCCCCGCACGUGCCCAGCAGCCCCUUCUCCUACCCUUCCCAGUCCCCCAGCCUGAGCAGUGGGGGCCUCCCGCGGACACCUGGCCGGGACUUCAGCUUCACACCCACCUUCCCCGAGCCCAGCGGGCCCCUGCUCCUGCCCGUGUGCCCCCUCGCAGCGGGUCGGCGCGAUGAGCGGGCCGGGCCCCUGCCCUCCCCGGUGCUCCUGGAGGCGGGCCUGCCUCUCCCGCUGCCCCUGCCUCUGCCCCUGCCCCUGGCACUGCCUGUCCCCGUCCUGCGGGCCCAGGCCCGGUCCCCUGCCCAGCUGCCCCCCCUGCUGCCGGCCCCCCUGGCCCCCUGCCCACCCCCCAUCAAGAGGAAGCCGGGCCGGCCCCGGCGCUCCCCGCCGGCCGUGCUCUCCCUGGAUGGGCCCUUGGGCCGGCCACCAGGGCCUGCCCUGGGCAGGGAUCUUCUCCUCCUGCCAGGCCAGCCACAGACCCCCAUCUUCCCCAGCACCCAUGACCCCCGGGCUGUGACGCUGGACUUCCGGAACGCGGGGAUCCCAGCGCCCCCACCACCCCUGCCCCCCCAGCCGCCCCCGCCCCCGCCCCCACCCCCCAUCGAGCCUGCCAAGCUGCCAUUCAAGGAGCUGGAGAACCAGUGGCCCUCAGAGGCCAUGCCCCCGGGCUCCCGCGGGCGCAACGAGGCCACCGAGGAGGACAUGGAGCUGGCCAAGGUGCGGGGACCGUGGCGCCGGCCGCCCAAGAAGCGCCACGAGGACCUGGUGGCGGCCUCGCCCGAGCUCUCUCCUCCUCAGCCCCUCUUCCGGCCGCGCUCAGAGUUCGAGGAGAUGACCAUCCUGUAUGACAUCUGGAACGGUGGCAUCGAUGAGGAGGACAUCCGCUUCCUCUGCAUCACCUACGAGAGGCUGCUGCAGCAGGACAACGGCAUGGACUGGCUCAACGACACGCUCUGGGUCUACCACCCCUCCACCAGCCUCUCUUCAGCCAAGAAGAAGAAGCGGGAGGACGGCAUCCGUGAGCACGUGACGGGCUGUGCCCGCAGUGAGGGCUUCUACACCAUCGACAAGAAAGACAAGCUCAGAUACCUCAACAGCAGCCGGGCCAGCACCGACGAGCCGCCUGCAGACACCCAGGGCAUGAGCAUCCCUGCACAACCACACGCCUCCACGCGGGCUGGCUCAGAGCGACGCUCAGAGCAGCGCCGCCUCCUGUCCUCCUUCACUGGCAGCUGCGACAGUGACCUGCUCAAGUUCAACCAGCUCAAGUUUCGGAAGAAGAAGCUCAAAUUCUGCAAGAGCCACAUCCACGACUGGGGCCUGUUCGCCAUGGAGCCCAUUGCAGCCGAUGAGAUGGUCAUCGAGUACGUGGGCCAGAACAUCCGCCAGGUGAUCGCGGACAUGCGGGAGAAGCGCUACGAGGACGAGGGCAUUGGCAGCAGCUACAUGUUCCGGGUGGACCACGACACCAUCAUUGAUGCCACCAAGUGUGGCAACUUCGCACGCUUCAUCAACCACAGCUGCAACCCGAAUUGCUAUGCCAAGGUGAUCACAGUGGAGUCACAGAAGAAGAUCGUCAUCUACUCCAAGCAGCACAUCAGCGUCAACGAGGAGAUCACCUACGACUACAAGUUCCCCAUCGAGGACGUCAAGAUCCCCUGCCUCUGCGGCUCCGAGAACUGCCGGGGGACCCUCAACUAGACUCGGGCCCGCGGUGCCAAAGGCGAGGACUCCAGCCGCUGCCGGGCCCCCCGGGGCACGUCCGCCCCCAUUCAGGUGCUGUCCCUCCGCCCGCGGCCACGCCGGGCCUGGCGCCCCAACACUACCCCGGCACCCAGCAGCUCCUGCCCCCGCAGCGGGAAAGGGCUCUUCUGUCUUUCGGUCCACGUCUCUCUCACCUAGAACAGUUCCUUUCCGGAUUUUUGUUCAACUCCAGCGCGAACUUCUCUCCUGUCCUCGUGGCUCUCUCUGUCUCCCUGUCUCCCAGUGGGUCUGUCUGUCUCUCUUCUCGCUGCGCCCCUCCCGAUCUGUUCUCCUUCCCCACCUUUAUCCUCAGCUCCUUCCCAGGAAUGCUGCUACAUUGUUUUGUCCUCUCUUCGUUUUCUUCUUCACCGUGAGAAAAGACAUUUUAACCGUUGAAAUGUGAAGGCAGAAUCACAGAGAGGGGACCCCGUGGGGAGCGUGCGCGGAGGGAAGAGGCAGGGGCCGGGCCGGCGGCCGGGACCCGGGAGCACUGAGUGCCCUAAAGGCCCGGCCCGCCGCCCCGGAACCAGCGAGAGGACCCCACACCUCCCCUGACCUCCCCCCCGGGCAGUUCCGUCCCCGGCCGUUGUGGGGUGCCGUUUCCCGGAGCAGGCUCGGGGUGCAGCCAAGCCGGUACCAGGCGGGAACCUCCUUUCUGGGCUCCCCCGGCCUCACCCCCACCUCCCCCCAGAUCUGGGGUUCAAUGUUUACUUUUUCAUUCGAAUGCCAGCAAGGAGGGGGCAGCCCAGAGGGCCCAGCAGGCACGGGGGGCACUGGGGAGGAUCGCGUCCGCCCGCCCCUGACCUGGCCGUCACCUUGGACCCAGGAGGGGCUCCGGCGGGGGGGCAGCCGGGUCCUGGGACCGCGCAGGUGGCGAUUCUCUCACGUUAUAAGCUUGGCCUGCUCACGCCAGCCCACGCCCCGUCCCACCCAGUCCCACACCCCAACAAGGCCAGAGGAUAUUUAUUUUCGGAGCGAGCAGGUUAUUUCUCCCAGAGAAAGGAAAAUCUGGAAAAGAUUUAAAAACUCAGAUCUAAGUCUUCGACAGUUUUCUUUUUCUUUUAUAGUUUACCCCUUUUUAUCCCACCCCCUAUCCUGUUCAGGGUUUCUUUCCAUGGGUUGUGUUUUUUUUUUCUUCUUGUGCGUGUAUAAAAUCAAAACGAAGGGAAAAAAAAUAGACUUUUGAAGUUCAGAACCAACUUCUGUAUAUAGGCCGCCACCAAGGACUUUUUUUCUCGGGAACAUUGUUUCUUGUAGAAACACGUGGGAAAACUUUUUUGCUUAUUUCUUUGUACUUCCCAAAACCAUACACACACACACACACACACACACACACACACACACAAGCAAGUCCCCUAUACCCCAGAAAGCAGAGCAGGCAUAUAAAUAAUUUAUGGAAAGUGACUUUCGGCCGGAGUGGCUCUCCCCAAGAGGAGGGCUCCACGUGGGAGCCGCCCACCUGCCCUGGCAGCGGCCCCGCUCUGCUAUCUCAGCUUGUGUCAAGCUUGUUAUCAUGUAAAUUCUGUACAAAGAAUUGUUAUUUUUCUCUUUUUUGUCGUUGGUGGUUUUGGGGUGUGUGUGUGUGUGUGUGUGUGUGUGUGUGUGUGUGUGUGCUUUCUUUGAUUUUUUUUCACCCUCCGCCCUCUGUGUUUGAGACGGUGACCCCCCAGCCCGAUUUCAAGGUCGAUGAUAUCGGCGGCCUGGGGACACAGAGCAGGUGCCCGGGCACAGUGGCAACCUUCUCUUCCCGCUUGAGGUUUUUCUGCCUAAUUGUGCAACAGAGGAAAUAUUUAUUUUUCACAUGCGGAAAUGUGUAGUUUGCAGAGAUGGCUGAUUUAAGUUGCUUAUACAGCCCCCAGGAGGCUGUCUCAUUCUGUCCCUGCCACCCCUCCCCAGCCCCCCACAAAAAAGAAUGGGCGGGUGGGGGGUGGAGAAACUGGGGGGCAGAGGCCCCGGCCUCACCUCCUCGUCUCACCUUCUGGCUCUUCGGUGACCUUGGCCGGACUUGACUGAAAGCCAGGAAACACCCCCACUCCACCAUGAAAUGGUUUGCAAUAAUUCGGAAAUGUGUUAGCUCAUUUUUCUUUCAAUUCUUUUGUUUUCAUUGGGGUUUCUGCAUUUUUUUUUCUUCCCCCCAGCCCCCCCCCCCGCAAAGAAGAGAAACGAUAAGUUUUAGGGAUGUUUGUGCAUAGAGACUCUGUCAUCCGUCUGUAACUUGUUUUGAGGAGAAGUAUUUCCAUUGUGGGCGUGUCUUGCUGUAAAUAUUUGUUCAUAUUUUUGUGAAUUCAAUACUAUGUACCAUUGUAUUAUAGUAACUUUUAUAAAGCAAACCAUAAAUAUACUGACUUUUCUUACA